UGGUUUUUCUUCGGAACGAGGGCAUCGGUGCCGCUUUUUGAAACAGGCUCGGAGUGUAUUGCUUUCUCACAAAUCAACUCAAAUAUGGCGGAUGCCGAGUUAACGAGAGCGUUGAAGGAUCUUCCAAAUCGUAUUCAAACAGCUGGUAAAAAGGAGCGGCGCGAAAUAUUCGAGAAUGUCAUUAACGUGUUGUCAAAUCCUGCCAUCAAUGACAAGAUACUCGGAGGCAUAUGCAAGAUUGCUUCAAUCACGCUGCAUCGAUAUAAGGAUACAGCUUCCCAAUCUUACGUGAAAGGGCUGAUAGUUGCUAUGAUCAAACAACAUCCAGAAACGGUUAUCAAACAUCUAGCUGCUGUUAUUACGGAGCAAGCUGUAUGGCACAAAAAUGUAGUACCGACUAAAAAUACAGCUCUGAGCGCAUACUUGGCAUUAAAAUGGUCUACGCUUCUUGUACAACACGGAGUGAGCAAAGACUCGCAAUCGUUGAAAGAUGAAUUACCAAAGGUGAUAGAGGCGCAAGCAAAUUUGAGCGCAGCGGCUGUUGCCUCUAUGGACAAAAAGUUGAACGACAAAGUUUAUUCUCUACUGAGUCAUCAGUGGAAAGUAUCUGCAAAUUCCGAUGAAAGGUAUCUCGAUGUGUUGAGCAAUCUCGAAGCCAGCAACGGAGUCAUAGUUCUUGCCAGUUUAUUCACAAAAUACCUGAUUUCAAACGACAAAGAAAAGCUGGCAGACACAUUCAAGGUAAAGAUUUUGGAUUCCUUCAUAAAGGUAGCUAUAAGUUGCAAAAAAAAGCCACAAUUGUACGUGGUCGAAGCUGCAGAGCCAUUUCUCCGACGGCUGACACACGAUGAUUUCAAAGAUCAGUUAUUGCCUGCUCUGCAAAAAUCGAUGUUACGAAAUCCGGAAAUCAUAAUAGAUUCGGUGGGUCACAUACUGAGCGGUUUGAGCCUCGACCUGAGUCGUUACAGUGAGGAAAUAAGUAAAGGAUUGUUCGCGAAUCUCCAUUCGAAAGAGGAUUCGGUGCGGGAGGCAGCAGCCGAAGCGUGUCGAAGAUUGGCUCUCCAAUGUUCGGACACAGCGGCUUUGGAGAAGCUGCUCGCGUCGUUAUUCGCAGUUUUUCACGGUUCGGAGGGCAAGCUAACGAUGGUAACGCACAAGAUUUCGGUGUUACAAGGGGCAGGGAACUUGAGUCAAAAUGCGGCAUCGGGGAGCGGCGUUCAGACCGUAGCGGAAGUGGCUUGCGGGCAUUUUAUAAAAGUUCUCGAGACAGAGGUGCACGAGAAGACGCUUAUACACGCCCUCGAAAUGAUGACACUGUGGUGCGCGAAAUUCGUCAAUCAAGUACCAAAGAGCGUGAUCGAAACGUUCAAGAAAGGCAUGGCAGCUAAGAGCUCGACAGCGGGUGUGAGGACGGCGUACAUAAAGCUCAUAAUGUCCGUCAACGUGAUAUCACAUUCGGCGACGUUGUCACCGAUCCUGAGUCAAGCGAUAACCCGUGCGAUGCAGCAGGCGGCCCAACCGCCGGUGGUAACGGAGGGUCUCGUCGCUGCGCAUUUGCUUCUGAAGCUGGUGAUCGCUGGUGAAGUUGAAAACGACAAGCAGAACGUGCUCUGGAACGCGAUCGACGAGCAAAUCUUUUUCGGUGAAAAAUUUUUGUCAACUUGCUCCGACGAUAUUCUUUACAAUCUGAUGCAAUUCUGCGAGAAAUUGAUAGUCGAAUACGCCGAUCGGUUGAACGAGAAAGCCCUGAGCGGCGUUCACAGAGCGAUCGUCGCCUGCGUCACCGCCCCGAAAUCAUCGACCCGUCGACGCUGCGCUCCUCUCGCUAAAAAGCUUCUCACGGGUCUCGGCACUUACGAACCUGCGCAAGCCCUUCUCCUCGAGUUCAACAAGUUCCUCGAGAACGCCAGGAUUUACGAGGGCGAUCGGGAGAACAAGGACGAGGGUCCGCCGAGCGGCGAAGUCACGGGGCGAUCGCUGGCCGAUGGUUUGCUCGCCGUUUGCUCCGGUUCAUUCCUCUUCGAGCAGCCCGCUCUCCGACUCGUAACAGAUUCGCUGAUCCCCGCUCAUCACCCAGCGAUUCUCAAGGCCGUUCCGAAUCUGUGGUCCAAAAUCGUGAAAAACUUUGAUCUCGCACCCCGCGAUUUUCUCGUACGUUGUCUCGGUGAUGUGAAAACAAUGUUUAUCGAUAAUUAUCGAGCAACGCCUUCGUACGAGAACGCACUCGGUACGAUAGUCUCUCUGACUCCGGAUCUCGUGCUCGGAGCCCUCGUCGCUAACGUAACCAGCAAAUUGGACGACCCGGAAAUUCUGCGGGUCACCAAGGACGAGUAUUUCACGUAUUUGACGCCGGACGGCGAGCUGUACGACAAAAGCGUUAUUCCGGGGAACGACGAGAACGACAUUUUGAACUCGAUGAACAUGAAACGCGAGAGCAAAGUUUAUUCGUUCAAGGAACAACAAGAGGAAUUACAGCUGAGACGAGAGUUGUACGAGAAGAGAAAGCGCGAGGGUAAAAUAAAAGAGCCGAAAUUGACAGCGAAACAGGAAGAAGCUUUGAAGAGUCAGAUCGCUCGUGAGAACGCGAUAAGAAAAAGGCUGCGUGAGUUUCAAUCGAAAAUAACGCUCGCCGUGUCGAUGAUGAAAGCUGCGAUUCUCGGCGACAAAUUUCACUCGUCAUUUUACCUGAAAGAUUUGUUGGCACCGAUCCUGAAAAAUCUCGUGUCCCCGCUGGCUGCUCCGACGAUGUCACAGCUGUACAUCGAGUUGGGCAAAAUCGUCGAGAUAACGAAAGAUCGAACGAUGAGUUCUCUCGUGGCGCAUGUAACGCUCAGACAAUUGGAGCCCCAGUGCGAUCUGGAGGCCGCAUGGCAAGAGGAAGACCUCGAGAAAGCGGUUUCGAGGACUUUGAAUCUGCUGCACAAUUACACGGUGCGCCAGAAACAAUUGUUGAUAGCUCCGGCUUUCUGCUACGUUUUUCCAUUCGUGAUGAAAACCUUGUUGACCUGGAAAGACGAAUCGAUUAUCAGCGAGGGCCUCCAGAUCGUCCAGGAGCACGCUAAGCAGCGCGGGGCUCCGAACGACUUCGAAGAUCCUCGACACCCGAGAUUGCUGCCGAGGAAGCAAAUGUUCGAUUUGUUGAUCGAGCUCAUGAGCUCGACCACAGGGAGAAUACAAUCGCACGCGGUGGCAACUUUCCUCGACGUCGCUCGAUCGGGCAGCGGAACCGCGGACUGCGCGACUGCUUCCGGCGACGAGAUCGACUCCUUGAUGGGUGCGCUGCAGAACAAUUUACCAGCGGUUCGUGACGCGGCCCUCCGCGCCCUCAUGAUCGUCAAACUCGCAUUCCCCUCGGAGAAGGAAGACUACGAGCAACUUUUGCGCCUCACUCGACGAGUCUGGAUCGCCAAGUUCGACACGAGCGACGAGAACAAAGUUUUAGCUGACGAGCUCUGGGAAGCUUCCGGUUUCGCAGCGAGUCCGGAAAUUCUUUGCGAAGAGUUGAUUCAGGACGUCGCCCAUCCGGUCGAGUCUGUGCAACAAGCCGCGGCUCUGGCGAUGGCUCAACUGCUCAAAAGCGCUCCCGAACUCAUGCCCGGUAUCCUCGACAGUCUUUUGGAACUUUACCAGGAAAAAUUGGCAAUGAUACCUCCGAAAUUGAACGAUUUUGGCAGAGUCGUCGAGCAGCCGAUCGACACGUGGGGCCCGAGGCGCGGAGUCGCUCUGGCGCUGGCUCAACUGGCGCCGUUGCUCACACCCGAAACGAUAAAUCGUCUCGUGGAAUUUUUCGUCUCGACCGGACUGGGCGAUCGCAACACGUCCGUCCGAACGGAAAUGCUCGUCGCGGCCGUCGCCGCGGUCGAUUAUCACGGCAAGGCAAACAUCACCUCGCUGCUGCCAGUUUUCGAGAACUUCAUGGACAAAGCUCCGAAGAUCGGAAGCUUCGAUUCCAUCAAGCAAUCGGUCGUCAUCCUCAUGGGCUCUCUCGCGAGGCACUUGGAGAAAGACGACCCCAGGAUAAAGCCCAUCGUGAUGAGACUGAUCGCCGCUUUAUCGACGCCCUCGCAGCAGGUCCAGGAAGCCGUGGCCAACUGUCUGCCGCAUCUCGUGCCUUCGAUAAAGGAAGACGCGCCCAGGAUCGUCGACAAUCUCAUGGACCAGCUUCUCAAGUCCGACAAAUACGGGGAGCGGAAAGGAGCCGCUUACGGUCUUGCGGGUCUCAUAAAAGGCAUGGGGAUUCUCGCUUUGAAACAACUCGACAUCAUGACCACCCUGACCAACGCGAUUCAGGACAAAAAGAAUUACCGACACCGUGAAGGCGCCCUCUUCGCUUUCGAGAUGCUCUGCACGAUGCUCGGCAGACUUUUCGAGCCUUACAUAGUACACGUGUUGCCGCAUCUGUUGCUCUGCUUCGGGGACUCGAGUCAGUACGUGCGGGCCGCGACCGACGACACCGCGCGCGUCGUCAUGAGCAAGCUGUCGGCUCACGGAGUGAAGCUCGUUUUGCCGAGUUUACUCGCCGCCCUCGAAGAAGAUUCCUGGAGAACGAAGACCGGCUCCGUCGAACUGCUCGGCGCGAUGGCUUACUGCGCACCGAAACAAUUGAGCAGCUGCCUGCCGAGCAUCGUGCCCAAGCUGAUCGAAGUACUGAGCGAUUCGCACACCAAAGUCCAAGAGGCUGGAGCCGAAGCGCUCAAAGUAAUCGGGAGCGUAAUCAGGAAUCCUGAGAUCCAAGCGAUCGUCCCGGUCCUCCUUAAAGCGCUUCAAGAUCCGUCGAGAAAAACCGCCACGUGUCUCCAGACCCUUCUGGACACGCAGUUCGUUCAUUUCAUCGACGCCCCGUCGCUCGCCCUGAUAAUGCCGGUCGUCCAGCGCGCCUUCAUGGACCGUUCGACCGAGACGAGAAAAAUGGCCGCGCAGAUUAUCGGAAACAUGUAUUCCUUGACUGACCAAAAAGACUUGACGCCUUAUUUGCCGACUAUUAUUCCAGGCUUGAAAACCAGCCUGUUGGACCCGGUGCCGGAAGUUCGAAGCGUUUCAGCCCGCGCUCUCGGCGCCAUGGUACGAGGAAUGGGGGAAUCGAGCUUCGAGGAUCUCCUGCCCUGGCUCAUGCAGACUCUGACCUCGGAAACUAGCAGCGUCGACAGGUCCGGUGCGGCCCAGGGAUUGUCCGAGGUCGUGCGGGGUCUCGGAGUCGAGAAGCUGCACAAACUCAUGCCGGAGAUAAUAAGCACUGCGGAACGUACGGACAUCGCUCCGCACGUGAAAGACGGUUAUAUAAUGAUGUUCAUUUACAUGCCAAGUGCCUUUACGAGGGAGUUCACGCCUUACAUAGGACAGAUUAUAAAUCCGAUUCUCAAAGCUUUGGCCGACGAGAACGAGUACGUUAGAGAAACGGCGUUACGGGCUGGCCAGAGGAUAGUUACUUUGUACGCUGACACGGCGAUAAUGCUUCUGUUGCCGGAGCUCGAGAAAGGGCUCUUCGAUGACAACUGGCGGAUACGAUACUCGUCGGUGCAAUUGUUGGGUGAUUUGCUCUACCACAUUUCCGGUGUUUCAGGAAAAAUGUCGACGGAGACUGCGAGCGAAGACGAUAAUUUCGGCACGGAGCAGUCCCACUACGCGAUUAUAAACGCUCUCGGUGCGGAAAGGAGGCACCGCGUUCUCGCCGGUCUCUACAUGGGUCGAUCGGACGUCGCUCUGAUGGUGCGACAAGCGGCGCUCCACGUUUGGAAGGUCGUCGUGACCAACACGCCCAGGACGCUCAGAGAGAUACUCCCGACGUUGUUCAGCCUUCUGCUCGGUUGUCUCGCGAGCACGAGCUACGACAAGCGCCAAGUUGCGGCCCGGACCCUCGGGGAUCUCGUGAGAAAACUCGGCGAGAGAGUGUUGCCAGAAAUCAUACCGAUUUUGGAGCGGGGACUGCAGAGCAACCAGGCCGAUCAGAGGCAGGGCGUGUGCAUCGGGCUCUCGGAGAUAAUGGCGAGCACCAGCAAAGACAUGGUUCUUACGUUCGUCAACAGCCUCGUACCAACCGUGAGGAAAGCUCUUUGCGAUCCUCUCCCGGAGGUGAGACAAGCCGCUGCGAAAACGUUCGACAGCUUGCACUCGACCGUCGGAGUCCGUGCCCUCGACGACAUUUUACCGGCUAUGCUGACGCAACUAAACUCACCGGAUCAGUCCGAAGCCGAGAACACGCUCGACGGGCUGCGCCAAGUCAUGGCCAUCAAGUCUCGCGUCGUCCUGCCCUAUCUCGUUCCACAGCUGACCAGCCAACCGGUAAACACGAAAGCACUGUCGAUCUUGGCGAGCGUCGCCGGCGAAGCGCUUACAAGAUUCCUGCACAAGAUUCUGCCCGCUCUUCUGACCGCGCUCUCGAGCGCCCAGGGAACACCGAACGAGGCCCAGGAACUCGAGUACUGCCAGGCCGUCAUACUCUCCAUCACGGAUGAGGUCGGCGUUCGAACGGUCAUGGACCAACUGAUGGACGCGACGAAAGCCGACGACGUGUCUCGGAGGCGCAGCGCGGCCACGUUGCUCUGCGCCUUCUGCAGGGACACCCGGGCCGACUACAGCCAAUACGUGCCGCAGCUGCUCCGCGGCCUCCUGCAUCUUUUCACCGACGAGGACAAAGAGGUUUUGCAAAAGAGCUGGGAAGCUCUGACCGCCGUGACGAAAACGCUCGGUUCCGAUCAACAAAUCGCUCACGUUCAAGAUAUUCGACAAGCCGUCCGCUUCGCCGUCUCCGAUCUCAAGGGACAGGAAUUGCUGCCCGGCUUCUGUCUGCCCAAAGGCAUCACUCCCAUUUUACCGAUCUUCCGCGAAGCGAUCCUCAACGGCAUGCCCGAAGCGAAGGAACAGGCUGCCCAGGGCCUCGGCGAGGUGAUCAAAUUGACGAGCGCCAACGCCCUCCAGCCCAGCGUCGUCCACAUCACCGGACCCCUCAUCCGCAUCCUCGGCGACCGCUUCAACUGGAGCGUGAAAGCCGCCGUUCUCGAAACACUCGCGAUUCUCCUCGGCAAAGUCGGCGUUAUGCUCAAACAAUUUUUGCCACAGUUACAGACGACCUUCCUCAAGGCUCUCAACGACAGCAACCGCCAAGUGAGGCUCAAGGCCGCUUACGCUCUGAGCAACCUCAUCGUCAUACACACCCGCGCCGAUCCUCUCUUCGCCGAGCUCCACACCGGCAUCAAAACUUCCGACGAUUCGGCCAUCAGAGAAACCAUGCUCCAAGCCCUCCGAGGAGUCCUGACACCCGCCGGCGACAAGAUGACCGAGCCCAUGAGGAAACAGGUCUUCGUCACGUUGAGCUCGAUGCUCGGACAUCCCGACGACGUCACGAGAACCGCCGUAGCCGGUUGUUACGGCGCUCUCCUCCGGUGGCUCAGCCCCGAACAGCUCGCCAACGCUUUCAACGAAAAUCUCCUUUGCAACGACGCCAACGCCGAUUGGAUGCUCAGACACGGUCGCUCCGCUGCCCUCUUCGUCGUUCUCAAAGAAUCCCCAGCCACCAUUUACGCCGCUAACGAGGAAGAACGCGCCUGCAAAGUAAUCCUCUCGUACCUCGCCGCCGACCGCGUACAAAUCGCCAUGAACGGCGUUCGCGCCUGCGGAUAUCUUUUCCAAUAUCUCAUGAUGGAAAAUCUUCCUAUCCCAAUCGUUAUCCUCACUCCCUUCGUACGAUCCAUGAACAACAACAGCAACGACGUCAAACAACUCUUGGCCAGGGUGUGCACUCACAUCGCCCGGAAUAUUCCUCCGAGUAAAAUGUCACCGGAACUUCUCAAGGCCCUUAUUCCCAUGCUGGUCAACGGCACCAAGGAGAAAAAUGGAUACGUCAAAGCCAACAGCGAAUUGGCUCUCAUUGCUGUUCUUCGGCUUAAGCAGGGUGACGAGGAACAGCAGCGUUGCAUGGCCCUUCUGGACGUCGGAGCACGAGAAUCCUUGUCCGACGUCGUGAGCAAAGUAUUGCGAAAGGUGUUGUCCCAGCCCGAGGGCAAGAUAGAAGAGCUGGACGACACGUUACUCACGUGAGAAACAUUUCGCUUCUCGGGGCUCAAAAAUCGGUAUUUCCUGUCCCUUUCCCUCCGUCGUAACUCCGGCAAUUUUUCCAUCUCCAGCAACCUCGUAGGCCAGCAUGAGGGAGAGAUCGCGCGAGAGUAUCGGCCCGUAGAAAUAUGCAAAAUUGUUAGUUCGUCUGUGUAUCUCGAGGAGCAAUUACCAAAAGUCAUUCGUACGAGUCGUGCUUGCUUAAGAAAGUUUUCGAAACUCAAGAGUUUCGGGCACGAAUUUAUGCGCAUUAAAAUAACGAACGAAAUUAUGAAAUUUCGCGAAGAAACUAGAAACAAGUGGCACCGCGAUCGCUCUUGGCCUCGUUCGAGCCCUUGCAACGACAAACAAAACAUUCAUUAUUCGAGCAAAUCCCACGAUGAGUCCAGUUCCAAAGACCCUUUCGUUAAUUGGUUUCACCGAAGAAAAAUAACGAGAAACCGAAAACGCCGAGUCUCCAGACUUUGCGAUCGUACCCUCAGCUGUUAUAGACUCAAUGUUUUUAGUCAAUUUUCGAGCUGGCUCGAGCCAAAGCCCAACGAUUAUUCGUGUCCAACAGCAUCGAUUGUGGGCUCGUGUCCUCGAGAUUUUUCGCUCAUUGACCAACGCCUCGAUAAUAUUGGUCUUUUCUCUAUUUUUGACUAGUUUUAUCAUUAUCCAAUUGUUGUAUCGUUUGUUACAUUAUAUUUUUUCUACACUCUAUCUCAACGUUUUUCUUCUGCUUCAGUUUUUCAAACGUCUUUGUACUUUUAUAACGAUGUAUUAUACACGAUCAUGAUAAUCCGAUGGAGUCGUUCGGCUCGACUGUCUGCGAAGGCCAAUUAUUUGCUCGAGUAUGAGAAAAAAUGCCCGAAUUUAGACGAACCGUCGCGACGUUGCCACCCUCAUUAAUCCUAGUCCAAUUUCUAAUAUACCUUUACGAGCCUCGAGCCGGAGAACCGAGCGUUCAUUCAAAUUUGAGCCAUGUUUUUCGCUAUCAUUCUUCAGUGACUGAUUCAAAAGAAAAUUUAAUCGUACUCGUAUCUCUCUCUCUCUUCGUUUUUCUGUUUCUCACUGGAAUUUUGUACACGAGAAACAAAAAUCAUGGAAUCCCAUGACUGUUUGAGAGCAGGCGGUGCCAGAAGUCACCUUUCCUUUCCCCCUGCAAAUCUGUGCCCGGUAAAUCAUCGACGUCUUUUGGUGUAUCUCGUGUAAAACAAUUGUAACUUUUACGAUAAUGAAAGAGAGGAAAAUCAAUAACUCAUUGAAAAAAAACGAAAAAAACGAUUAAACUACUAGAGAACUCAAAAAACACGUUUAUCAUCGUCAUUGUAACGAGACUAAGUUUGUUAGUUAUGUAUGAAUGGAGAUAUGUGAUAAGAGUUUCAUUAAACGAAAUGAUAAUCUAG